AUGGAAGAGGAGCUGAAGUGCCCAGUGUGUGGGUCCCUGUUCCGAGAGCCCAUCAUCUUGCCCUGUUCCCACAAUGUCUGCUUGCCUUGUGCCCGCACCAUAGCUGUACAGACUCCCGACAGCGAGCAACACCUGCCUCCGCCUCUCUUGCAUACUCGGGGCCCGUCGUUGCCUACAGGCUCAAUUGCAGGUCCUCCACCAGAAUAUGAAACUGGGACCGGACCAGCCUGUAGUGGUGGAGGCACCAGCAGUAGUGGCGGCGGCGGCGGCGGCGGUGUAGGUGGUGUAGUUGGGGGAGGGGAUCAUGCUGACAAGCUGAGCCUGCACAGCGAGACGGACAGCGGUUAUGGCUCCUACACUCCCAGCCUUAAGUCCCCUAAUGGAGUGCGAGUACUACCCAUGGUGCCCGCACCCCCAGGUUCCUCAGCCGCCGCUGCCCGGGGAGCCGCCUGUUCCUCCCUGUCCUCUUCUUCCUCCAGCUCCAUCACCUGCCCUCAAUGCCACCGUAGCGCCUCUUUGGACCACCGCGGCCUCCGUGGCUUCCAGCGCAAUCGGCUGCUGGAGGCCAUUGUACAUCGCUAUCAACAGAGCCGGGGUUCUGGGACUGGAGCAACCGCAGCAGCUGUAGUUGCCCAUUGCCAGCUCUGCGACCGCACCCCUCCGGAGCCAGCAGCUACGCUCUGUGAGCAAUGCGAUGUACUCUAUUGCUCUGCCUGCCAGACCAAAUGCCAUCCGUCCAGAGGACCGUUUGCCAAGCACCGCUUGGUGCAACCGCCGCCGCCACAGCCAGCGGCCUCUGCACCUCUAGGUACUACCCAAGGAGCCCCCAGCGGCAGCGGCGGCAGCAGCAGCAAAAGCCCAGGCCCUGGGGCGGGAGCAGCAGGGAGUACCGGGGUCCGUAAGUUUCCCACGUGUACGGAUCAUGAGCUGGAGAACUACAGUAUGUACUGUGUGAGCUGUCGCACCCCUGUCUGCUACCAGUGUCUGGAGGAGGGCAGACACGGCAAGCAUGAAGUCAAACCUCUAGGGGCCAUGUGGAAACUGCACAAGGCACAGCUAUCUCAAGCAUUGAAUGGUGUUUCUGAUAAAGCAAAGGAGGCUAAAGAAUUCCUAGUUCAGCUCAAGAACAUACUUCAGCAGAUCCAGGAAAAUGGGCUAGACUAUGAGGCCUGCUUGGUUGCUCAGUGUGAUGCCCUGGUUGACGCUUUAACUCGACAAAAAGCCAAAUUACUCACCAAGGUCACUAAAGAGCGGGAACACAAAUUGAAGGUGGUUUGGGACCAGAUCAACCAUUGUACAUUAAAGUUACGCCAGUCAACAGGCCUAAUGGAAUACUGCCUAGAGGUGAUCAAAGAAAAUGACCCCUCUGGGUUUUUGCAGAUUUCAGAUGCUCUGAUCAAGCGUGUCCAGGUGUCUCAAGAGCAGUGGGUCAAAGGAGCUUUGGAGCCCAAGGUGUCUGCAGAGUUUGACUUGACCUUGGACAGUGAGCCUCUGCUGCAGGCUAUCCAUCAGCUGGACUUCAUCCAGAUGAAAUGUAGGGUGCCUCCCGUCCCUUUACUGCAGCUGGAGAAGUGCUGCACCCGAAAUAACAGUGUCACCCUUGCCUGGAGAAUGCCACCUUUUAUCCAUAGCCCUGUGGAAGGCUAUAUCCUGGAGCUGGAUGAUGGGGAUGGUGGGCAGUUUCGGGAAGUCUAUGUUGGCAAGGAAACCCUCUGCACCAUUGAUGGCCUUCAUUUCAACAGUACAUACAAUGCAAGAGUCAAGGCUUUCAAUUCCUCUGGAGUUGGGCCUUAUAGCAAGACUGUUGUUCUCCAGACAUCUGAUGUGGCCUGGUUCACAUUUGACCCCAACUCUGGCCACCGGGACAUCGUCCUAUCAAAUGACAACCAGACAGCUACAUGUAGCAGUUAUGAUGACCGGGUGGUGCUGGGCACAGCAGCUUUUUCCAAGGGAGUCCAUUACUGGGAAUUCCACGUGGACCGAUAUGACAACCAUCCGGAUCCAGCUUUUGGUGUAGCCAGAGUUAAUGUGGUCAAGGAUAUGAUGCUGGGCAAGGAUGACAAGGCCUGGGCCAUGUACGUGGACAAUAACCGCAGCUGGUUCAUGCACUGCAACUCCCACACCAACCGGACUGAAGGUGGUGUAUUUAAAGGGGCUACAGUUGGUGUACUUCUGGAUCUGAAUAAGCAUACUCUGACCUUCUAUAUCAAUGGGCAACAACAGGGUCCUACUGCCUUUGACCAUGUAGAUGGGGUCUUCAUGCCAGCUGUCAGCCUCAACCGGAAUGUUCAGGUCACUCUGCACACAGGACUAGAGGUGCCAUUGAAUACCAGGCAGCAAAAACUGUCUGGCAACUGAAAUCCCAGACAUUGAUGAUCUUCAGUGAGAAGAUCCUCCCUGAGAGAAGCCCAGCCAUCCCUC